GCGCAGAUGAGGAGGUUACAUUGAAGGGCCAUUCAGUGAGCCCAUGUUGGUCAAUGGUGGCCGGCGAGCAGGGGUGCUCGUCCAAUAGAGACCACGGUCGCAGCCCCCCAUCUGCCCUACAUCUUGGCUGCGGGAGGGUGUCGAGCUUGUUGAUUAUCAGCCAGUCCUUGAACCCAAAGCUGCUACGCCGCACAAGACAUUGGCUUAUUCAAGUUGGGGAUUGGGGGGGGGCGGGCAAUCAGGAAGUGGCCCCAGGAGCGGGGGAACCUGCCAACGACGGUAUAUCAUUUGCGAAAGGGCCAAACAACGCCCGCGUGGACCAAACCUUCAACGACAGAGCCCGGUUACGAGCUUCCUGUCCUGUGUUGACGGCUCUGAGGUGGUCAUCUCUUGUGUCGACCAAGCGCAGCUACUGGCCAUAUGCAAAAGAAAUCGAGGACGCGAGAGCAGGAAGUUCGCCACGGGACCGCGAUGGCCGCCACACCAGAGAUUUCCUCUCUUAUCAUGACAGGCGCAGUGCAACAAACUGUGUGCGCACACACGCAGCGCAGCGCGGGCACUGCAGGGUGCACGAUGCGGCCACCCUCAUACCUCGAUGAGAACGAGAUGAACCUGCUGUCGGAUGAGUGGCCAGCCGAAAGUUAAAUGCUGAAAGAGAGGAGCCUCGGGGGGCAGGGGGGGCGGAACUCUGUGACCACGACCUGAUGUCGAUGCGGUCGAUAUUGACAAACUUUUCGGGGCACUCCUUGCAUGGCUCUCUGCAGCAGAUCCAUCCCACAUCCUUGUUAUCUCGUCUGGACGCGCAUCGCACGGAUGGAAUGAAAAGGAGGGGAUGAGGAAGAGGAGGACGGAGACGACGAGGUGUGCAGGGG